CUCCCCCUCGCCAGAUUUCAAUCGAACGAGCGAAGGAGCGAUGGCGUCGAGAUACGAUCGUGCAAUCACAGUGUUUUCCCCCGAUGGGCACUUGUUCCAAGUCGAAUAUGCCAUGGAAGCUGUCAAACGUGGGGCGGUCGUCGUCGGCGUUCGCGGUGCGGAUGUCGUGGUCCUUGCCGUGGAACGUAAGGAAACAGCCAAGCUCCAAGACCCACGCACGGUGCGCAAGAUCUGUAAGGUGGACGACCACAUCACAUUGGCGUUUGCGGGCUUGACCGCCGACGCUCGUGUCCUCGUGAACAAAGCGCGAUUGGAAUGCCAGAGCUACCGCCUCACGGUGGAAGACGCGCCGUCUGUUGAGUACGUCGCUCGGUACGUCGCCAAGGUGCAACAACGCUACACACAGCGAGGCGGUGUGCGUCCGUUUGGCAUUUCCAUGCUCAUUGCGGGCUGCGACACCAAGGGUGUGCCACAAUUGUACCAGACCGAUCCUUCGGGUACGUUCACGGCUUGGAAAGCCAACGCCACGGGACGCAACGAGAAGUCGACUCGGGAGUUCUUGGAAAAGAACUACGUGCAAGACAUGGACGAAGAAGGCGCGGUUCGGUUGGCUGUCAAGGCACUGCUGGAAGUGGUCGAGGCCGGUAGCAAAAACAUUGAAGUCGCUGUCGUCCGUCGCGGCGGUGUCUCAUCGACUGUACCGGACGCGACGGUCGAAUCGGUGUGUGCUUCGAUUGAAAAGGAAAAGGAAGAUGCCCGUGUCGGCGCCGAAGCCAAGGCGGCGGCGUCAUCGUCGUCAUAAGCAUCAUGCAAACAACCCUUGUAGAAGUGGAAGACAGUCGACGACGUAAUUCCAUUCGGUUUUCCA